AUGGGCGGCCCAGGUUGUGGCAAAGGGACACAGUGCAAGAACAUGGCAACCAAAUAUGGCUUCUGCCAUGUGGGGCUGGGCCAGCUGCUGCGGCAGGAGGCCCAACGCAGUACCCGGUGGGGCCAGAAGAUCCAUGACAUCAUGCUGCAGGGGCUCCUGGUGCCUACGGUGGGGCGGGCCCCAGACGUCGUCAUCGUGUUCGACUGCUCCAUGGAAACAAUGGUCCGGAGAGCGCUGCACCGGGGCCGCCUAGAGCACCGGGCGGAUGACUGUGAGUCGGCCAUCCGCCAGCGCCUGGAGACGUACUACACGCUGUGUGAGCCGGUCUUGACCUUCUAUCAGCAGAAGAACCUGCUCUGUAAUAUCUUGGCAGAAGAAGCUCCAGAGAACAUUUUUGCCAAGUGCUGCUCGGUUGUUGAAAGCCUGCAGUGA